ACAGAAUUCAGUAUGUAUUCGAUCAACAAUCUAUCCAUCAAUAUCGCGGAAAGUAUUCGGUGCGUUGUGUUCAUUUGUAAAAAUAAAAGUGGUCCAGCGGAGUCUGAGCGUGCCGGCAGUGAAGCGGUUAAGCCUGAGUGUCCCGGAAGCAGUCCGGGAGAGCCUGAGCGUUUCGUGGAGAACCCAAGACCGUCGCAUCCUGUGAAAACCAACUAGACGAUUAAUAAUAGAUUCUUCAAGAUGAGCACUGUUUUAGCUACGUUUGCGGUUCUCAAGGACCAUGUUAAAUUAAAGGUCACACAGGACUAUGUGGCCAUCGACAGCAUGAUUUUCAAGUUACACUACAGGGUCACGUUUCUGAUACUGUUGGUUGCCACGCUUCUGGUGACAGCUAGACAAUUCAUUGGAGAACACAUCAGGUGCAUUGGAGGUGCUGGGAUGAGCGAUGAUCAGGUCAAAGUGAUCAACACUUUCUGUUUCUUCACAUCCACCUAUACUGUGGUGAAACACAUGAACGCCACAGCGGUUGGACUGGGCGAAGUUGCACACCCUGGCGUGGGACCAGCCAGCAGAGACGAUCCCGUGGUGCACCAUGCCUACUACCAAUGGGUGCCCUUCGUUCUCUUCAUACAGGCGAUCUGCUUUUACGCGCCUCACUACCUGUGGAGGAAUGUUGAAGGAGGUCGGCUGAAAACGUUGGUGUCUGGUUUGCACAUGGCGUCCUUGGCUCUGCGCGAGAAGUCUUUUAAAACUGAUAAUGGCAUUUCGGUUCUCUCCACGAGCGAACGUGACGAUAAAAUACGACAGAUUCGUGUCGCUUUCUUAAACCGUGUCCAUUUGAAUCGACCGUGGGCGUACUACCUGGGCCUCUGCGAGGUUCUCAAUUUUAUAAAUGUCCUGGUGCAAAUUUACGUGACCGAUUGGUUCCUUGGUGGAGCUUUCCUUGGACUUGGUCAGGCAGUAGCCGCGGGCAGUGCUAAUGGAGAAAUGGAUCCUUUGGACGUUGUAUUUCCCAAGGUGACCAAAUGUGUCUUCCACAAGUAUGGUGCUUCGGGAACCAUCCAGAACCACGACGCGUUGUGCGUGAUGGCGCUGAACAUCGUUAACGAGAAAAUCUAUCUGUUCCUCUGGUAUUGGUUCAUCAUUCUUGCGGUGCUAACCGGUUUAGGUUUGCUUUGGAGAAUACUGACUAUGCUGCUGCAUGCCAGGAGUACCCUGUUCAACAAAAUGGUGUUCAGUAUGGCCUGUCCAGGGAGAUUCUCACCAUGGAACGUACUAACAGUCACUAACGAAUGUCAUUAUGGAGACUGGCUGUUUCUUUAUUAUAUAGCUAAGAACUUAGAUAAUUAUGUGUUCAAAGAACUUCUACAAAAAUUAGCUGAGGAUCUGCAAGAAAGACGAACUCUAAAACAGAAUCCCCCUCAAGAGGAGCAACCGUUAACUCAUUGAAUAUCACUGGUUCAAGGCUUUCAAUCGAGCAUGCCUAAGCUUCGACCAAAGAACAUUUUGUCUUCUACAGACAAUGUUUUAUACUGGUAUAUAUAAUACCAUACAAUCGACUAGAUCCAUUUUGUAAUUAAUUUUUCAAUUGUAAUACUGAAAUAAUUUUUGCGGUCAUUUCUUAAUCUUUUUUCUUUUUUUAAAUCAGUCAUAAAUGACAAUCAAUUUUUAAUUGUAAGAUAUUAUUAUCGAACAUAGUAUUUAUUGUAUUUAUUUCGUAGAAAUAUUACCUAAAGUAUGACAUAAAGUUAAAAUUCCAUAGAAGUGGUACUGCUGUUUCAUAUCCGACGGUCUUUUGAUAACAUUUCAUAUCACUGGCGGUGAUAAUAGUGAUCCAACUGAAAGUGUAGAGAUUUUUCGAAAUCUUCUCUUUCCUGUAAUGUAAAUAACGAUUGUAUAGUACUUUUUUUAACUGAAUGUCAAAUUACACUGUUGGUUAAAUAAAAGUAUAACACAACUUGACAAAUUCAAGUGUGCACAAAGUAAA